AUGAGCUGCCAAGCAUUUGCUUCCUCAGACACCUUUGUGCCCUUGAAUUCUGACUCUUCUCCCUCCCUGCCUCUGAUAAUGCACCACAGCGCUGCAGAGUGCCUGCAGGUCUCCAACCACACCACCAAUGUUGUGUCUACAGUCCCGUCUGUUUUCUCUUUGCUCCCAACUCGUGCGUGUCCGUGCGUUGGCUUUGCCGCGACGACGCCGGGACACCCUUGGCCAGGCCUGCACUACUCCGUGCCCUCCUGCCACUAUGGGAAUCAACCUUCCACCUAUGGGGUGAUGGCAGGUGGCCUGACGCCCUGCCUGUACAAGUUCCCGGAGCACGCGCUGGGUGCCAGCUCCUGUGCCCUGGGCCACGGCUUCGCGGCGCUGCCCCAGCCCCUGCUCACGGAGGAGCCCGCCGAGUUCAAGCAGGAGCUCCGCAGGAAGAGCAAGCCCGCCGAGGAGCCCGUGGACAUGGACUCCCCCGAGAUCAGGGAGCUGGAGAAAUUCGCCAACGAGUUCAAGCUGCGGAGAAUCAAGCUGGGUUAUACACAAACCAACGUUGGAGAAGCCCUGGCUGCUGUGCAUGGCUCCGAGUUCAGCCAGACGACGAUUUGCCGCUUUGAGAACUUGCAGCUGAGCUUCAAGAACGCCUGCAAACUGAAAUCCAUCCUGUCCAAGUGGCUGGAGGAAGCAGAACAAGUGGGAGCUUUGUACAAUGAAAAAGUUGGGGUGAAUGAACGGAAGAGGAAGCGCAGAACCACCAUAAGCAUCGCUGCCAAGGAAGCCCUGGAGAGGCACUUUGGAGAACAAAGUAAACCAUCUUCUCAGGAAAUCAUGAGGAUGGCUGAGGGGCUCAAUCUUGAGAAGGAAGUCGUGAGAGUUUGGUUUUGCAAUAGAAGACAAAGGGAAAAAAGAGUGAAGACCAGUCUACACCAGAAUGCCUUCAGUUCUAUUAUCAAGGAGCACCACGAAUGCCGGUGAAGCUUUUCCACGCACACAUGUGGAUUUCUCUUUUGCUUUUUGUAAAUGUUGUAAAUACUGUGUUGUUAAAAAAGAGAAAAAUCAGUAAACCCCUCAUUCCUCCUCCAUGCUACCAGCAGCUGUAGCAUGGGAAGGAUUUUGCUGUCAUUAGUUAAGGCACUGUGAGCUCACCAGGACAGAGGUGUCACACUGCUUCUACUGCAUGCUGUGUCUCAGCCCAACAUUUGUAAAGCAGAAGUGGCUUGGAUAAUGCUUGUUAUCAAAGGUAAUUCUUGCUAAUUUGUUAUGUGCCUCAAAGUUUGUUUUGGGUAGGCUUAGCUAUAAAAACAGGAAUACAGUUUAUCUGACCUCAGGACUUUGUGGCCUGAGGGGAAGAAAAAGAGUUUUAUUACAUUGGUCUUUCUCUGCAUUGUACUUUCUUCUGAUUAAAACCAUGUGUGGACAUACUUACACCAGAGGUGGUGUGUUAAGCUAAAAAAGUACACAAAAUAAGAAUUUAUUGCACUGCACAUUCCCUCUCUAUUACACCCCACUAAUUGAAAAUAAUCCCUUAUUUGUCAUCCUCCUGCCUAGAGAUAAUCGAGGGGAAAAAAAUACCACUGCCAGAGCUCCACCUAUCAGGGAGGCACUGAGAAAACUGAAUUAAUGACUGUAGUACUCACCAGGGAUAGAUUAUCCAGCCAUCUCAUCAGCCCUGCUCAUUGUUAUGGGAAUUAGCCCAUUACCAUAUAAGUAUUUUGACUGUUUUCCCAGGACUGAAAUUAAGUGAGUACACGCAAGUAGUCCUGGCCAGAUGCAUUUUAUUUUUCCAUAAAACAAACCUGAUGAUUUAGAAAAUGUCUCUAUAAUAGGCCCACAUAAAGCCAGAGGAGUUUAAUGUUCAAGACCACUUAGAAGCAGCAUGUACAAGUUAAGUGCUCACUCUCCAGUGCACAUUAAAUUAUCUCUGAUACUUAUUACAGUGACCGUAAGCAUACUCACCAAUGGAAAUCAGGCUCCUGGAUUUCUAAAAAUCCACAUUUUUAUGGAUGAAUGCACCACUCUAAGCCCUUAACUGAGAAGAAAACUUCAAUUUAAUAACUCAAAGGGGACAAACUGUGGCUGUGUACUCCCUUCAGGCAGCUUUCAUCACUAGCAUAGCUCAUUGCUAUAGCAGAGACCAAGGUGCAUACUUUUAUCCACCACAGGUUACCAGCAGGUCAUGAACUUCACAAAAAAAAAGUUCAGCUGAGAGGAUCAGCACUCAGCAAAGGUGGUGGCAUGCACUGGUGUGUCUUUCAUGUGAUGUGGUCAAAUUUUAUGCGUGUUGGAAUCACUAUCUGGUAUAUAUAGAACUUUAUUUAUAUUCUAAAUUAUUUUCUUAAUUAUAAAAGGUUUCCUAGAAAUGCUAUCAGCUUGUACUUCCC